AUGUUGCCUCCUCGAUCAUAUCUCCGUCGUCGUGCUCAACGCCUUCUCGUUUUGAGACGAAUUCAGGCGAAAGGACAGGAAACUAUCGAAGAAUCGUUUUCCUCGACGUCUUCUGAAUCCACGUCAUCAACGAGUUCUCAAAGUUCUCUCAAGAAAUUCUCUUCGGUUGAGAUCUUAUUGACACCAAAACCUUCAUCUAGCCCAUCAGAUAUUCAAUGUAUUUGUUUCAAUUGCUGGGGACCACGUGGCGCUGAAAAUUCGAAGAGUUGGAAGUCACUCAACCAAUCUGAAAUUACGAAGACUGAUAGAACGGCUCUGUCAUCAGAGGGUUCAUCAGAAGGUGAAGAAAAUAAAGAAAAUCUUCAAAGCGAAUUAAAAACUUUGCAAGAAGAAUCUCUUCGGUUAAAUCGAAUCAUUGAACGUUUGCUUGUUGGGCUAGAUAGAUAG